GUGUUGUAAAUCUCUAUGACAACAGGACUAUUAAACCCUUUAGUGGAGCCUGGGAGAAGGACACGCACAGGAGAUUAUCUGGACAGGUGCUCCGGCCGGUUGUAUCACGAAAAUGUAGGCCAGUAAAACGAAUAACGAGUUCCCAUAUAAGAGGAUAAAAUACAUAUAUGUUUUUAUUUUUAUUUGUUAAAUUCUGAGUAAAAAGGAGACGCAAAAGCUUAUGGUAGUGGUGAGUUUAUUUCGAUGUUUGGGUAACGGUACGGUUGUGCACAAUCUAUUGUGUAUUUAUAUAGCUCUGUGCUUCUAAUUAUUUCAGACUUGUGCCUUAUAAUAACGCGUGUAGCUUAUUGUGUUUGUAGCAAGAGUUGCCUAUUCUAAUGUUACAUCAUCGCGUUAGGCUUCUAGAGUAGCUAUGUUUACUCUUGUAUUGGAGCCUAGAAACCAGGCUAUGUCUGUGUCUGUCACAUCAUGCUGUCCUGUUUUAUCAGUAAGAUUCUACAAGUAGCAAUAAAUUUGCCAGUAACUCCAAUCACAGUUAAGACAAGAUAGCCUAUUUCACAAUACGAUCCCAUAUUAAAAGUAAUGCACACAACUGCACCUGUCACAGGUUGAACUGUUUAACCUGCGCUAUGGGUCAUUUGGCCAUGGGAGGGCCACGGAGGCGUGAAUACAGGUCUACUAUAAUAUAGUGUGACUGAUGAUCUGUGAGUGUUCAGAAUUUGUAUGCUUGUGAUGUGUGCUUACAGAGUUGGGAAUUCUAUUCUAUUUUAGUUUUAUGAGGGAUUGUCAAUGCACAAACUGCCCUGAACUGGUGUGAAUUGAAAUACAAUGGACUUAUGGAUACCCUUGGAAGUAUAAUGUUGGGGCUAUCAUCACAAAUGGGCCUGCAUAUACAAUGCUCCGGUUGAUCAUGUAUUGUUCUUCAUGCUAUUCCUUUGGAGAAGAUGAGUCAGGUGCGGACGAGCACUAGGACCCAGGAGGAGUAUGAGGACGACUUUGAGAAGGACCUGGAUUGGCUGAUCAGUGAGGAGGGGACGAACGAUGGCCAGGUAGGUCAGUGGGGAUUGGCUGAUCAGUGAGGACGGGAGGAGUGAUGGCCAGGUAGGUCAGAGGGAUUGGCUGAUCAGCGAGGAGGGGAGGAGCGACAGCUAGGUAGGUCAGUGGGGAUUGGCUGAUCAGUGAGGACCCAGGGCUGCGUUCAGUACGUUUUACGUUCAGUUGAAAAACGGGGAGGGGUUGGGUUGUGGGUUGGGGAACGCUGCCAGUAUAGCCACUGCCUUUUAAAUACUGUAUGUCAGUCAUUACUUCAAGCCACACCUUGCCACACCCACCAAACGGUAGCGAAUGUACCUCAAAGUUUGUUCAAGAAUGUACAACAAUGUUUUGGGGAAUCGUCUCGUUCAGUACAAACCGUUCCGCAACGUAGCAAACGUUCAAGUGAACUGAAUGCACCUCAGGAGUGACGGCCAAGUAGGUCAGUGAGCUGCUGGGUUGCCAGACUCGCCCACUUUCUGUGAAAACGUCACAGGGAUCUUUUGAAUAGUAAGGCAAAAGCAACCGACUGUAGAUGAAAGUCAAGGAGUGAAGUCGGGGGAAGUGCAUCUGCGACAGCCGAAAGUCAGACAUUGAUGUGGUUUUCCAACAGCAAGGCUCAGUGCAACAUGGCAGUGUUGCCAUUGUUUAUAAAAGUUUUUCUUUGUAAUGUCGAAAUAAGAAUGUCUCCAACCCCCAUAUCACACACUCACAAACUGUAGAUAUAGUUGUGUACAUUGUACUAUCAAUUGGUGAAAGAGAGCCUCAAAUAUCACAUUCAAUUAUACACUGCUCAAAAAAAUAAAGGGAACACUUAAACAACACAUCCUAGAUCUGAAUGAAUGAAAUAAUCUUAUUAAAUACUUUUUUCUUUACAUAGUUGAAUGUGCUGUCAACAAAAUCACACAAAAAUGAUCAAUGGAAAUCAAAUUUAUCAACCCAAGGAGGUCUGGAUUUGGAGUCACCCUCAAAAUUAAAGUGGAAAACCACACUACAGGCUGAUCCAACUUUGAUGUAAUGUCCUUAAAACAAGUCAAAAUGAGGCUCAGUAGUGAGUGUGGCCUCCACGUGCCUGUAUGACCUCCCUACAACGCCUGGGCAUGCUCCUGAUGAGGUGGCGGAUGGUCUCCUGAGGGAUCUCCUCCCAGACCUGGACUAAAGCAUCCGCCAACUCCUGGACAGUCUGUGGUGCAACGUGGCGUUGGUGGAUGAGCGAGACAUGAUGUCCCAGAUGUGCUCAAUUGGAUUCAGGUCUGGGGAACGGGCGGGCCAGUCCAUAGCAUCAAUGCCUUCCUCUUGCAGGAACUGCUGACACACUCCAGCCACAUGAGGUCUAGCAUUGUCUUGCAUUAGGAGGAACCCAGGGCCAACUGCACCAGCAUAUGGUCUCACAAGGGGUCUGAGGAUCUCAUCUUGGUACCUAAUGGCAGUCAGGCUACCUCUGGCGAGCACAUGGAGGGCUGUGUGGCCCCCCAAAGAAAUGCCACCCCACACCAUGACUGACCCACCGCCAAACUGGUCAUGCUGGAGGAUGUUGCAGGCAGCAGAACGUUCUCCACGGCGUCUCCAGACUCUGUCACGUCUGUCACGUGCUCAGUGUGAACCUGCUUUCAUCUGUGAAGAGCACAAUGGGCCAGUGGCGAAUUUGCCAUUUUUGUGUUCUCUGGCAAAUGCCAAACGUCCUGCACGGUGUUGGGCUGUAAGCACAACCCCCACCUGUGGACAUCGGGCCCUCAUACCACCCUCAUGGAGUCUGUUUCUGACUGUUUGAGCAGACACAUGCACAUUUGUGGCCUGCUGGAGGUCAUUUUGCAGGACUCUGGCAGUGCUCCUCCUGCUCCUCCUUGCACAAAGGCGGAGGUAGCGGUCCUGCUGCUGGGUUGUUGCCCUCCUACGGCCUCCUCCACAUCUCCUGAUGUACUGGCCUGUCUCCUGGUAGCGCCUCCAUGCUCUGGACACUACGCUGACAGACACAGCAAACCUUCUUGCCACAGCUCGCAUUGAUGUGCCAUCCUGGAUGAGCUGCACUACCUGAGCCACUUGUGUGGGUUGUAGACUCCGUCUCAUGCUACCACUAGAGUGAAAGCACCGCCAGCAUUCAAAAGUGACCAAAACAUCAGCCAGGAAGCAUAGGAACUGAAAAGUGGUCUGUGGUCACCACCUGCAGAACCACUUCUUUAUUGGGGGUGUCUUGCUAAUUGCCUAUAAUUUCCACCUGUUGUCUAUUCCAUUUGCACAACAGCAUGUGAAAUUUAUUGUCAAUCAGUGUUGCUUCCUAAGUGGACAGUUUGAUUUCACAGAAGUGUGAUUGACUUGGAGUUACAUUGUGUUGUUUAAGUGUUCCCUUUAUUUUUUUGAGCAGUGUACAUGAAUCGCAGCAAAGUUGGUUCCUGUUUUAGUCAGGUCAUGUUCACGUGAGUCAAAUAAAAACACCCUAAUGAUUGGUUGACAAUAGAGCCUCCCACAAUGCAGGUAAUGGCUGCAGGAUGAAGUUGGUGAAGAGCAACUGCAGAAAUUUGCAGUCAACUCCAGUCAAAAUGUCAUGAUCUUUGAUCACAUGGUUUUUGUAAAGUUCAUGCAGUUGUCAUGUAAGCGCAAAUCGGACAAUUUCUUCCCUAUAAUACAACACAUUUUGGAAGGCAGUGACCAACGAUGGUCACCGACUUGACAAAAGUGAUCUGCUCAAAUGCGCCCACAGUUUGUGGUGUUGUGUUACCGUGUGCCUGCAUCUCAGUGUCUGUGUGUGAAAUCCAACCCACUGACACACAUCCAGACACUUUCACUGUACCACAGUUAUAGGGCUCUGGACUGGAUACAUUGAUAACCACACACACACACACACACAUACACACAGUCGUCAUGUCUUUCACAAAGUAUCAAAGUACCUAAUUAACAUAUCGUUUGCUGACACACUGUCUGUUGAGAGACUCAGGUGAAUAGAACUCAGUCACUCCUCCUCAACAGGAACCUGACUACGAGGACAUCGAGGCCGAAAUAGACAAGGAGCUGAAGGAGGAAGAGAAGAAGGAAGAGAAGAAGCGAGGGAGGAAGGAGGACAAGAAAAGCCUGAAAGAGGAGAAGAGGGUGAGCGAGUCAGAGAAGGCGGAGGAGGAGGAGAGGUGGCCCUCGCCUAUGGAACCUUUGGAGUUCGACUCCGACCGAGACAGUCCAUAUAAGGGCGGAUCCCCCAUAGCUCCGCCCCCUCCGGUGUUGGAAGACCAACCGGAAGAGGACAAGAAGUACAUCCUGGAGAAGAUCCAGCUAGCCAAUCGGCAGCUGCAGGACCAGGAAGCGCCGGACAUGACUCGGCGCCGACGCCUUCACUUCAAAGAAACGCUGGUGGAUCUGGUGGUGCCGCCGCUGGAGUACGAGAAAGACAGCAGCACCCCCCAAAGGACGGGGGUGGUAGAGCAGGUGAGCAGCACGGCCAGCGGCAAGGACAUGGAGGUAGAGAGUGAGAUGUCGGGGAAGCUCUCUGAGCUGAAGAUCACCCCACGGGAAGGUGAAGGAGGAGGGCAGGGGAGCAAGGCUGGGGGUGGUGGUGGAGGUGGGGAGGCUGGCCAGAGUGGACCGGGGAAAGAGGGCAAAGUCCUGGUAGAGAAAGAUGGCAAGUUUGACCUUGUCAGCCUGAAGGAGGUGGAGAGCCAUGGCCUGAUGCUGCCACCUUUAGCGAGCUUCCCCAGCGACAACUCACGCUCGUCCUCCCGUCCAAGUGACCUGAGCCCGAACAAGACCCCCACAUCCUCCCCACUGCGUCCCAUCUCUAGCACCAUGUCCCUGGGGAUCGAGCACCUCCGCUCCCCCAGACCUCCGGCCCAGCCCAGGAAUCGGCCCAACUCGGCCAGUCACAGCCAGAGGGGCAGCGGGUGGAGGGGCACCAAGCGCAGGGUGCAGUCGGCCAACAGUACCCCGUCCCAGCAAGCCACCUUCACUCUCUCGCCCCAACAGAAGGAGCUACUGAACAAAAUACAAGAGAGGAGAGAGAGGCUCGCCAGAGAGGUGGGGAACACAGGAAGUCCCAAUGCUUAUCAUGAAAGAUAAACCCCCUUUUCUGUUUUCCUGUGUAACUCUUUCUACCUCUCCCCCUCCUGCUUUUAUAUGAUCCUCCUUGCUCCCCCUCUCUCUUGCUCCCCCUCUCUCUCUUUCUCUCCCCCCUCUCCUCUCUCUCUCGUUCUCCCCCUGCCCCUUCUCUCAGGAGGAGCAGAGGAAGAGGGAGGAGGAUGAGCAGAAGCGUCAGGAGAACGAGCUGGCGUUCCGGGCAUGGCUGGUGAGGAAGAGGGAGCAGCUGCAGGAGGAGAGGAGGAUCCACAGAGCCCAGGAGAUGGAGAGAAUGAAUGGCAUGGUAUGCACAGGCCACUAGAGGGCGACACUAGCACACAAGCACAGCCUGUAGCAGGACUGUAAUUGUCCUGUAGUAAUACUUUGUAGAAAUCAGUGCUUUCAGCUAAAUGUACCUGCUAUUUACUUAAAUAAUUAAAUAAAUAAAGGGAAGAAAUGUAUAUUUUCUGAUGCGUAUUAUAAAGAAAUGAAAAAGUUGUUAUUGGGUAACUGUAUGCUAAACUGCUACAAUCUUUAGUGCAAUCAUUACAUUUUACAUUUACGUCAUUUAGCAGACGCUCUUAUCCAGAGCGACUUACAAAUUGGUGCAUUCACCUUAUAGCCAGUGGGAUAACCACUUUUUUAUUUUUUAUUUUUUUUGGGGUGGGGUAAGGGGGGGUAGAAGGAUUACUUUAUCCUAUCCCAGGUAUUCCUUAAAGAGGUGGGGUUUCAAGUGUCUCCGGAAGGUGGUGAGUGACUCCGCUGUCCUAGCAUCGUGAGGGAGCUUGUUCCACCAUUGGGGUGCCAGAGCAGCGAACAGUUUUGACUGGGCUGAGCGGGAACUGUGCUUCCGCAGAGGUAGGGGGGCCAGCAGGCCAGAUGUGGAUGAACGCAAUGCCCUCGUUUGGGUGUAGGGACUGAUCAGAGCCUGAAGUUACGGAGGUACCAUUCAUAGAAGAAGAUACUGCACCAGCAAGCUUGUGACAAGCCAAUCCAAGAAAGUAGGAUAGUGAGUGAAAACAGUUUUGACUUCAUUUGUCCCUGUGUCCUGCCUCCCUCAGAGGGAGCACAGUGACCCAGACGAGGCCUUUAAGUCGUGGCUGCAGAGGAAACACGAACAGCAGCAGAGAGACAGGCAGCUGGAGGAGAUGAAGAGGCUGGAGGAGGAGAGUGGGUUCUACCUGCACAACCGAGAGGAGUGUGAACGAGCCUUCAAACUGUGAGUCCCUACUCAGCUGUGUGAACGUCUGUCUACUGUAGAAGGGCAUUGGAGAUAGUCUGGACCAUGGCUUUCCAACCCUGUUCCUGGAGAGCUACCAUCCUGUAGGUUUUCGCUCCAACCCUAAUCUAGCUCUCCUGAUUCUAAUAAUUAGCUGGUUGAUAAGAUGAAUCAGGUUAGUUACAACUGGGGUUUGCGCUAAAACCUAUAGGAGGUUAGCUCUUCAGGAACCGGGUUGGAGAGCCCUGGUCUGGACACUCAAGUUCUUUUAAAUAAUUUGUCCGGGUGAAGAAAAUGAGUAAUUGGGAGAAAGCUAUAUACAGAUUGGAAAAACAAUCAGGUCACACUACCCAUGAUAUUAUUGGGUCCCCUCUCUCUCUUACUCUUCUCUCUCUCUCUCUCUCCUCAGGUGGCUGAAGAGGAAGCGGGCAGAGAAGCGGGCGGAGCAGCAGGCGGCCAGAGAGCGCUCCCGCAGGCUUGUGUUUGAGGAGCGGCGUGCCCGGCGCAUGCAGGACCUCCUGUGCACCGUCAACGAGACCAAGCCUUUCCGCUUCACCGAACACCUGGCAUACCGCUUCUAA